AUGCCCGUAGCUGUUUCACAUCCUGCAGCUAUCGCUGCCCCUGUGGACAGCCAAACAACUCCUAUAAGUGGAAGCACGCGGUCUAGCGAAAGUGUCGAUGAGAAGCCUAUCAAAAACGUAGGCCGGGAGACGGCAAAACAACGCGAUGUGGACCGCUCUGCCUCGACUAAACGAUGGAAGACAUUUGUCCGGUCUUUCAAGCACAUCUACAAUCUUACACCAAAAGAAGUUCAGGAUUUUAUGAGAUCCUAUAGAAUAUAUGACAACGAUUGGGCGGAUGAGGAGAAGAUGAUUUCAGCUUUUGGCCCUGAUUAUCAACAGCAAGUUGGCGACUCUCUCAAAGCAUACUACUCGGUUCUGAACCAUCUCUGCAGCUUGGGGGAUGUCGAGAAAAUGUACAUCCCGCCUGUCAUGGACAAGAAAGCAUCUGUCCUCGAUAACCAGCUCUUGAAUGAGGAGGCAAUUGCAGAAGAGAUUGGGUUGACGCCCUCAAUGAAAGUGUUGGAUCUGGGCUGUGGCCGAGGAAGAGUGGCGGCACACAUGAGCAGCUACUCAGGGGCCGAGGUCACUGGACUCAACAUCGAUGAGAACCAGAUCAACCAGGCGCGACAAUGGAAUGAGUCCCUCGGUAACAUGAACAAGUUCGUGGUCCAUGAUCAGAAUGAUCUACCCCUGCCUUUUGAGGACCAAUCUUUCGACGCAUUCUACGAGAUACAGGCGCUUAGUCUGUGCAAGGACCCUUCACUAUUGUUCAAGGAGAUACACAGAAUUCUCAAGCCUGGCGCGAAAUUUCUUCUCUUGGACUGGGUAAGCUUGCCCGCCUACGACCCCGAGAACCCGACCCAUGCGAGCUUGAUGCGCCGGGUGAAACCCCUGAUUGGCGCCGUAGGUACACCGACACCAGCAAGCUUUGAGAAGGCACUGGUAGAAGCAGGGUUCACCAUCAUAAAAUCAGAUAAUCCGAGUAUAGACGGCCGCCAAGCCGCUCUCAUUGACAAGGUCGACUUUUAUUUCCGUUCUCUCAGACGGAUGAUUCACGGAUUGGUCCAUGCGCAUCUCCUACCGCCUCAUUUCACUAUGCUCAUCGAUCGUUUUUGCUUAGAUGGAAAGGCGUUUGAGCAGAUGGACGACAUGGGACUCGUUACGACUACAUAUAGAAUUGUUGCCCAAAAGAUCUGA